UUGAGUGAUCGUCACCAUGAUUCGUCUCGAUUCCGUUCCCAUCUGUGGGCUUUUGAUUUUCCUUCUUGUGUUCAUCGGCAGUGGCCAGUGUUUCUUUCUUAAUCCGUAUCAAAAGUUUUGGCAGCAACCGACGGUGCAUGGCAGUGCUUCGAAACCGGCAUCGAGCGAGCAAAGCGAUCAUGGAUUACCGCUGUUCCUUACGCCGUACAUCGAAGCAGGCAACAUAACGGAGGGCCAACGGGCAGCUCGGGUGCAGCACCGUCGCAUCCGGGGAUUCGAGUCAUACGCUGGCUUCCUCACCGUCGACAAGCGAUACAACUCCAAUCUCUACUUUUGGUUCUUUCCGGCGAAAACGAAUGCGACCACAGCCCCACUGCUACUCUGGCUACAGGGCGGUCCUGGUGCAUCGUCUCUGUUUGGACUGUUUGCGGAAAAUGGGCCGUUCAGUAUAAACAAGGAGCUGGUGGCCGUCCCGCGGAACCAUUCCUGGUACGAAAAUCACAAUCUACUCUACAUCGACAAUCCGGUUGGGACGGGGUUUAGCUUCACGGAGCAGGAGACCGGUUACGCUCGCAACCAGGUGCAGAUUGGCGAGGAGCUGUACACGGCGAUAGUGCAGUUUCUGCAACUGUUUCCUCACCUUCAAAACGUACCGUUCUACAUCACCGGUGAAUCGUACGCCGGCAAGUACGUGCCCGCGCUCGGUUAUACGAUCCACCGGAAAAACACGGAUCCUGCCACACCGCCCGCUCGACGCAUCAAUCUGGCCGGCAUGGCAAUCGGGAAUGGGUACAGCGAUCCCAUUAAUCAGCUCAACUACGGGGAUUAUCUCUACCAGCUGGGACUGAUCGAUGCCAAUGCGCUGGAACGCUUCGAGCAGGACGAACAAACCGUCGCCGAGUGCAUAGCCAAGGGUAACUAUCAGUGUGCCUUCGACGUGAUGGAUGAGCUACUCGAUGGCGACGCUAAUGUCGGCCAAUCGUUCUUCCGUAACGUGAGCGGCUUCGAGCUGUAUUACAACUAUCUGCAUCCAGUAGCCACUGCCGAGGAAAUGUUCCAACAGUUGAAUCUGGUUGCUUUCCUCAAUCUCGACGAAACCCGUCCGGCUUUACACGUCGGCGAUCUGCCGUUCCAUGAUCUGGACACGGACAACAAGGUAGCGCGUUAUCUAGAAGAGGACGUGUUUCAAAGUGUCGCGCCCUGGAUCUCGGAGUUGCUUGAACACGGUUACCGUAUACUCUUUUACAACGGUCAGCUGGAUAUCAUCUGCGCUUAUCCGAUGAUGGUAAACUACCUGCAGAUGCUGCAGUUCAAUGGUGCGCACUACUAUCGCCAGGUACCGAGGGGCAUCCUUACGAUCGACGGCGAAACGGCCGGUUAUUUUAAGCUAGCCUAUGCGUUGACCGAAGUCCUUGUGCGCGAUGCCGGUCAUAUGGUACCGCGCGAUCAGCCCAAGUGGGCCCAUCGAAUCAUCACCAGCUUUACUCAUCCGGUGCACGGAAAACAUAACUUCGAAUCCGGUUUGUAACGUUUUCUGCACAGUACAGUUGCAUGCAUCAUAAAGCAAUAAAUGAAGUUCGAGCCUACGA